CUUUCUCUCUCACACGCACACUCACUACACCAGAUUAGAUUGCUUUAGAGAUUAAUCUGGAUAUAUAAGGAAACACAACGCUUUUGUCUUUAGUGACUCCUUAUCUUCAAGAACCCAGUUUUUGGGUGGUUCUUCCUUAAUAAUCUUUCCGGCUAAUGAGGGUGGUAAAACUGAACUUCUUCUUUCGUUCUCGACUUCUUCUGGUGAACUGCGUUUCUUAAUCAUUAUCGACUGAAGCUUGCGCCGUACAUUUUAGUACCAUAAUAAAGAGCUUUUUGGCAUCUUACAAAGAGAUCCCUGCCUUGAAGCAAGGCAAAGCAAAGCCCCAGAUACAAAUCUUUUGCAACCAAGAUGGCAGAAUGUUUUUUCAGCCUGACGUUUAAUCAAAGCAUUAGCCUGCCAAAUAAAACGGUUGCAACCAGCUCUUCAGGGAUUUUGGCCAUCACCCUUCAUGGCUUGUUCUCCACAAUUGGCAUCAUAGAAAAUCUCCUCAUCCUUGGUGUGGUGGGUUUCCGUGUCCGCCGCACCGUCAUUAGCAUCUGGAUCUUGAACCUUUCUGCGUCCGACCUGCUCGCCACAUCUUCCCUUCCGUUCUUUACCCUCUACAUGGCAAAGGGCAACACCUGGACGCUGGGCACAACAUUCUGCCGUAUCUACUCCUCCAUCUUUUUUCUCAACAUGUUUGUCAGUGGCUUCCUGCUGGCGGCCAUUUCGUUGGAUCGCUGCCUAGUGGUAAUGAAACCCGUCUGGGCCCAAAACUACAGGAACAUCCAACUGGUGGGGAAGAUCUGCAUUCUGAUUUGGGCUCUGGCCAUCAUCUGCACCAUUCCGUUCUAUGUCUUCCGCGACACCAUUCAACAUCCCAGUGGCACGAUUAUGUGUUACUACAGCUAUGCUCGAUUUCCCCCCAGUGGGCCAUAUGACCUACGGACUUUGUGUAAGCAGCGUAAGGAGGCCUUAGCGUUCAUGAAACUGGUCUUGGCCUUUCUGAUUCCUCUACUGAUUAUUAUCUUCAGCUACAUUGUUGUCAGUUAUCAUUUAUCACGCAGGGGAUGCCGACGAUCCUAUCGGUUUGUUCGACUGGUAGUUUCUGUAGUGGUGACUUUUAUCCUCUGUUGGGCUCCCUACCACCUCUUCAUCAUCAUGGAGGUGACGGCUCCUAGCGGGAGCUCUGUGGGGAAGUUUGCUAGCAAAGGAAUGAGAAUUGCCGCCACCAUCGGCUUCUUAAACAGCAUCCUCAACCCCAUUCUGUAUGUGUUCAGCUGCCCCGACUUGUGCCGUAAGAUUAAACAUUCGCUCAGUGCGGUGAUGGAGAGUGUUCUGGCAGAGGAUCUGGGAGAGCUAACCCGUCGACGCAGCACAGCCUGCAGCUCCUUCAGUACUAGAGACGUUGCGCUCCAGCCAAAGACUUACACUGAAACGCUGAGCCUAAAAUUAGGGGAUGAGAAUGAUGGGAGCACGACUAAUUCUGAUCUUCACUGACCAAACACCUGCCAGUCCGUUUGUGAUUGAUCCUUUCUACAGAAGAACUAGCUUCAGUGUGGAAAACAAACGUCCACUCGUAUUACGCUUAAGUUUGAUGUUUGUUUUUGAUAAUGAUAAAUGCAUUCAUCUUUUAAUUUCUCCUUAUUCUUACCACAUUCUUUACAGCACAGAUACUUACUGUAUAUUUUCUAUUUUUAUGAUUUCCUUGAACCAAAAACUAGUUCCUGUUAAACUUAUACCAAGUUAGAGCAUACAGUAUACAGCAUUUGCAUUACAAUUUCUCUCCCCUUUAUUUUAUAUACAAUUUUGAUUUUCUGCUGUAAAAUGCAGUACAUUUUCUGCUGUUCUUCUGAGAAUUUUUGCUUGACAGAGAUGCAAAUAGGCUUGUUUGCACUGCUUUUGGACACUUCCUUUGUCUUUGCGAUGAGGAAGUGUCAGGUCCUGUGUUUGUCUCACCAGCAUCAAGUGUCCCUGAUAUGAUCUUUUCUAUUUUUCAACGAUAAAUACCACAAAAAAGUUUUGUACAUCUAUCAACUUUUCAUAACUAGUUUUUUUUGCAGAACUGCAUAAAGCAGUAU